AUGCCUAUAGCAGAGAUCUUUCUCUCUGCCUUCGUCAAAUUGCUGUUUGAGAAGAUGACCUCUUUUGCCUCCUCCAAAUUACCCACCUUUGAAGGUAUUGGUGCCCAGCUCACCAAUUGGACCAAUAUGCUGUCUCAAAUUGAAGCUCUUUUGAUUGACGCGGAGGAGAAGCAAAUGACAGAUCGAGCCGUGAACUUGUGGCUCGAUGAUCUCCAAGAUCUGGCAUAUGAUUUGGAUGAUGUCGUGGAUGAGUUCGCCACCGAAGCUUUGCGACAGAGUCUCAAGGCAAAGCCACACCAAGCUAGUUCCAGCAAGGUAUGGAAUCCCAUCCUUAAUUUCAAGCCAGGAGAUGUUUGGUUUAAUUUCAAAAUGAGGUCCAAGAUUGAGGAGAUCACUACCAGAUUACGCACUAGUUUUGAACAAUGUUCGAAACUUAAUUUGGUUAAGAUUGUUGGAACCACCACACCUACUAAGACUUGGCAAAGACCAGAGUCUACGUCGUUAUUAAAAGAACCUCGCGUUUAUGGAAGAGAAAAGGAUCAAAGAAAGAUAAUUGAGUUGCUUGUAGGUGGGGGUGAAUCAAGUCGUAACAAAGUUGACGUAAUUCCCAUUGUGGGUAUGGGUGGGAUCGGCAAGACCACCCUAGCUCAGAUGGUUGUUACAGGUUGGUUGUGUGCUUGGGAACCGAAGUUUCGCUGCCCAUGA